AUGGAUACGGGAGGCGGCGGUGGCACGAGUGGGCAGACUGGCGGCAUACGGGAACGACCGCCAGGCAAGCACUCGUCAAUUGCCAAUCAGUCGGCAGGUGACGGCUAUGCAAACGCAACACAGGUACGAACGAACGAGGAGAUUCUGACAAGGAUUAUGCGCAGCACAACCAGCUCCAGAGCUCAUUGCGCAGGAGGUAGGACCCGCGACAGUUCGGCUGCUGCUUUGAGAGGUUGGUUGGAGACUUGGCUGGCGCGAGAUGACGAAACUCAAUGGAAAUAUUUGCAGGAUUGCUGUUCAGCCUCCAAGGAUGGCAACACCUGA